AAGUUUCCAACUCUCUCCCCCAGCAGUUCACGAACAUCUCUCUCUCUCACUCUCUCUACUUCUCCCCCAAAAUCCUUCUGCUUUUGUUGCCUUCUUAGUUUGGCUUCUCCCCUUCAUACUUAAUCCUUUUUCAGAUCUCUCAAACUCAACAAAAAUGAAGAAAGUGGUGUUGAAGUUGGACUUAUACGAAGACAGAGCCAAGAAGAAAGCUAUGAAGACAGUCUCUGGCCUUUCAGGGGUUGAUUCAAUUUCCAUGGACAUGAAGGACAAGAAAUUGACAGUGAUUGGAGAUGUAGAUCCGGUGGAUCUAGUGAGCAAACUGAGGAAGAUUUGCUCUGCAGAUAUACUCUCAGUAGGACCUGCAAAAGAGCCAGAGAAGAAGAAAGAGGAACCAAAGAAAGAGCAGCCAAAGAAGGAUGAGAAGAAGAAAGAUCCGAAGGAAGAAUUGGCUGAGUUAGCCAGGAUAUAUCAGCAGGCUUACCCUUACCAUCCCCAGGCCAACGCAUAUUAUUACCAUGUAAGAAGUGCAGAGGAAGAUCCUAAUGCUUGUGUUAUCUGUUAAUUUCAGAUUUAUCUGAAAUUAAAGAAAAAAUAAACAAAUAAGAAGAAGAGGGAAAGGGGGUGGGGGAAAAGCCAAAAAAAAAAAAAAAAAAAAAAAAUGAAGAAGAAGAAAGAAAGAAAGUACAAGUUGGUGAAGAAGAAUUUUUUAUUUAAUUUUCUGAGUUUUUCACAGUUUGGUGUUGAGAUGGAAAAGAGAGGUGAUAUGUACAGUUAAGAAGUGUUGGAUUAGUCUUUGAUGUUAUUAUUAUUCCAGAUGAAAUAAAUAGAAUUUUGCUAUUACCAAA